AUGGGCCAGCCCAGUUUGAGCGAGAAGCGAGAGACGGUGGCCAUGAUCACUGGUGCACAUGCACUCAAUGAGGUCGGCGUUCUCCGAAGUUUCCACGUUCGAGAAGCACUCAUGCCUCCUGGCUCCGGUAGAGCGUCGGUCUUGGCUCGAGUCGCAGACUUACGGAUUUCCCAUGCCUUGCGCCCGCCGGGCCCCUCGGCCAUGAGCUACGUCGAUGCGGGCUGGCUGCCGCCCCCGAGCGAAUCCGAGCACAGCGACGCGGAGGACCAGGGACAUGUCGAUGGUUUGCCGAACUACGGCGAUGUGCACUUCUGGACCGAGGAGUGGCUUGUCUCCUACUCGCACUUUGUCGCGCAAGGGUGGCUUCGCUUCUUCCCCUCCAAGGCCGCUCGGAUACUGGACUUGGGCUGCGGAGACUCCGAGUUCAUGUCGGAGGCCUAUGACGAUGGGUAUGAGGACAUAACUGGAGUUGACAUUGUGCCGGCAGUUCUGGACACCAUGAAGCAGCUGAACACGUCGAAACGGCCUGGUAUCAAGUACGAACUGGCGGAUGCAAGAGAGCUUUCUCUGUUUCCUGACGGCUCCUUCGACGUCGUCUUUGACAAGAGCACGCUAGAUGCUCUGAAGUGUGCUGGGCAAGAUGCGACAAGCCGGAUGUCAUCUGAGAUCCACCGCAUUCUGUCAAGCGAUGGUGUGUACCUCUGCGUCAGUCUGAAUACCCCAGAGGAGGCUCAGCCGGCCAUCGAGCACACGGCGCAUGAAGACCGUGGAUGGGAUGUGCAGGUGCUGGUAUGCGAGAAUGAGAGAUACGACGGAAGCGACGGGCCUCCGAAGCAUCUUUACAUGUACGUUGCUCGCAAAGCGCUGUCAAAACCUGUGUGCAGGAUUCCCUUGCUGUGCCCAGGCCCCGAAGUCCCCAGGCUCUAG